AUGGAGCCCCCAGGCUCCCUCAGCGUAGCUGAUGCCCAUUUACAUCUGAAGAAGGUGAAUUUGAGAUUAUUUAGUGGUGCCAGGAAUGAAGGCCCUCAGAUGCUGAAGAAACCUCAGAGAGAUCCUGAAAAUAGACCAGAGACUGGGGUCAUAUCUCAAGUACCAGCUUUGGUGCCAUUUGGAGAUGCGAUUCCCAGACGUCAAGAUGAUAAGCGGAAUAAUAUUACCUUUGAGCUAAUGAAACAGACAGGAAAAUAUACUUACUUCUUAGGUAGUGCACAGGUACAUCUUUAUAAAGUGAUUCAGAAAGGGUACUUCACUGAAGAAUUUCAAAUUAUUAGUCAAAACACACCUAUCUGCAGACUGGAAGUAGAAUUGAUGUUUUCCUAUGGAACCUUUGGUUUUGGAUUUUCACAUCAGUUAAAACCUCUCCAGAGAGCUACUUCUCCAUCAAUGUUUAUGAACAUUGCACCACCUGCAGACAGAAUAGAUCCCAUCACGAAUGUAAUGACUCCACAGUCAAUAGACUACCCAGCCUUCUUAUCCUCAGACUUGAAUGUCUCUGUUGGAAAUCCAUCACAAGUGUACUCAAAUUACCAGCCACAGAUGCAAUUCGAAAAUCUCAAGCAGCCACCUCGGGAAAGGCUCGAAAAAAUGAAAAAAGAAUACAGAAAUCUCAGCUCAUGGAUAGACAAAGCUAACUAUUUAGAAGCAAUUCUUAAUUCAGAUGUGGAAACUAAACGUAAAAAUGACCAGAUCCACCAUCGUAUCCAAAGUGUUUCCUCCAAGCUCCUGCUGCCACUGAUCACACUUCUACACAUUAAUCCAUCAGGGCUCGUAAAAAAGCUAAAAGUACAUGUGAAGAUUGAAAAGGGAGAGGGAGGAGGCCGCGAUGGGGCGUCCGGGCCUGCGGGGUCGGGUGCUGGGCUCCCAGCUGCUGCUGCUCUGGACCACCGGGUGGGCGUUCCAGACCCCGAGCACGAACCCGCUCAAGACCUGCUACAGCCCAGACUGGGCGAGUCUGGAUUCGCGGCCCCAAGUGAAGAUGAUGAAUCAAAGAAACAACAGUCUUCACCAAAGUUCAAUAUUCCUAGCCUAAUAGUAACAGAAGACAACGAUAUAGCACCUGUAGCAGACAACCUAAUGGAAGACUACUUGUCAUCCGAAAAAGACAAAUAUUCAUACAGUCAAGAAUCAAAAGAUACAUAUUUAUCAGAAACAGAGUCAUAUUCAUCAAAGUUUCCAGACAGUUCUAAGACCUGUGGGAGAAAAAAUACAAAUAAAAAAGGAAAACAGGCGGAAUUUUCAUCAUCUUCAGAAGAUUCACUAUAUUUAAAUAAAAUUAAUUCCACAUAUUUGAUCCAGGAAUUCAAUACCCAGGAUGGCUUUGCAUCUCUGCUAAGAAAUAUAAACAGCAAGAUAUCAAAGAGGAGAAACAAAUGUAGAACCAGUUCCUCCUAUUCAGAUGUUGUAGAACAUGAAGACCAAGAUCCUUCUUACUCAACAAAGUCAGAACCUGAACAACUUAAGAAAGCCUGGGCUCAGGCAACUGAUGUAAUCCCAAUAGAGGCUCUUGACCCUGAAUCAGUCCAGGAUUCUGCUGUCCCUACAGCACAGACUUCACCCAUGGACAAAGAGUUAGCUCACAAACCUGUUAAUGCCACAAUAAAAACAUUAGACGAUAAGGACACAUUGGAGGGAAGACUAUCAAAUGUAUCGCUACAAGGAGAAUCACCAGUGAUGGAAGAUGAAAUUGCGGGCUGCCCACCACAAUCAAAAUCAUCAUGUCUUAUGUCCCACAUAGAAAAUUUAAAACAGUCAAUGGUUCUCAAGUCAAUUUUAAGUAAAGAUCUGCAAGACCUUUCAGAGAAAUUAUUUUCUGAGCCAGAUAUUUCUAUGGGCACUGCAUCGAAAAAGUCAAGUUCCAUUAUUCUAACUGUGCAGGAUGAUAAGUCACCAAGUGGUUUGAAAGACCAAAUAUUUGAAGAAUGUCAAGAUUUAGAUAGCUUGAUUUCAACGGGCAGACCAGAAAAUAUUUUAUGGGUAGCAAAAGAACAAGUCCCUGAACAAAACUCUCGAGCUGGGGAGGUAGAUUUUCCUGUGCAUAAAAAGAGACGUUUUAAAACCAAACAUUUAGAGAGUGAAAUGUGUGACUCCAAGUCAGACUUAAUUGGCCUUGCAAGUGAUUUUGAUAUAAAGAAUAUAGUCAUUACCCCAUUCUUCUCAGAGAUGGGAGAAGCAGCAAAUGAGACUCAGAAACGAUUGCCUACAGAUGCGGAGUGUUUAUCUUCAAAGAUUUUACUUCAUUAUGAAGAAAGCAAAGACAAAAUGGAAUUGCCACAGGCCAAAUCUAUUAUAAGCCAGAUAAUACAAGCAUUUCCUAUUGAUAUUCUUUUAGAAUGCGGGAUGAUUAAGGUGGUAGAAUUAGAUAAUGAAUACCACAGUAAGUUUUUGCUGGAUUCAGGGACAGAUUUUGCUGAGGAACAUGUAAAAUUUUCCACAAAGGAUGAUUCAGAAUCUUUUCCAGGACAGAGUAUACCUAUUAUUCCCAAAGAGACCACUUCUACUCGCAGGGUUCAGUUUGUAGGCAAAAGUCAAAAUAUGUCCCCACAGUACUCAGAAUACCAGUCAACACCAGACAAUAAAACCAACCUGUCAAGUAAUAGUGAGAAUUUUUAUAGUAAAGAAAAUUAUAUAAGAUAUUUAAAGAAUUUAAAUAACUCAAUAACCAGUAAGCAUAGUGAGUCAGAUAUAAUAAUGGCUUUUUUAAAAAGCAUUUUUAAUGUUUAUUUCAAAUAUAGUCAGUCCAGAAGAAGAAGACAACAACCAGAAAAAGACCUGAAAAGACUAAUUAACCAUUCUUCUCUAAAUAAUACAGAAGAUUUUAGAGAAAUGGAAGAAAAUUUAGAUAAAGUAGACAAGUUAGACCAAAAACCCAUUUUGAGUCAAAAGCUCUGUGUAUUUCUAGAAGAGCUUUCAGAGUCAGAAAUAAAAAAUUUAAAAUCUGAGUUAAGUAAACAUAUUCAGCAUUAUCUUGUAGAGGAACUUUUAGAUGCAGGGCAUAUCACCAAAGAGGACUUACCAAAAAUCUACCAAAAUUUGUAUUUGAUGAAUGAAAAGAAAGAACCAAUAGGGCAAAAUAUUUUUCUGGAAAAAUAUUCAGGAACUAUAAAAGAAAUUCUAUCUUUUAUAAAUAAUUUUAAUCAUCACUGUAUAGGUAAACAGUUAGAGAUAAAGCUAAGAUCUUUUUUAAAUGAAAUUCUCCAAAACUGUUUUCUAAGAAAUUUCUCAGAAAGCAGUUUAUUUAAACAGAUAGAAUCUGAGAAUCUACACUCAAACCUCUCUUCUCUAAGAGACAAAAAACCCUCCAUAUCCUCUCAUGACUUAAGACAAGGUAUUACAAGGGGAGGUUUUUAUAGAAAGCCUGAAAUAAAGAUGAAAUAUCCUCUAAGUAAAUCUUUACAAAACUAUCUUAAAGCUUUAUCGGACAAUGAACUGUUAAAUAUACAGACAAAUUUAAGCAAACGCAUCUACUGCCUUUGGAUAGAAAGGCUUUCAAACUUAGGACUAAUCACAGAAACACAAAUAAAGGGAGCCACCCCUCAUAUUAAGUUGAUUCAUUCCAAUGCUACACAAUUAAAAAGCAUAAAAUCAGAUUUAUGUUGUAAAAACAAAAAUGAGAGUAUGAAAGGGCACUUAGAAAAUCAAGAAAACAUUCCAGAAAUUGUCCAAAACACAAAAAUUCCUGACAAUAGAGAAUUGAUUAGGAAGGAAGAAAAGGAAACGACCUGCUCAAACAAUGUUAAAGAAAAUCCACCCAUAAUUGGAGAACAGAAAACACAUCCUAUGGAAGAAGCUGAGAUGCAGGGUUUAGAGUCACAAUCUUCUAACAAAAACUCUCUGGUGAUUGCAUUAGAUAUUAAUUCAUCUGAAAAACUGACAGAUUCAGAGUUAAAAAAACAAACGAAAGAACAAGGUGCCCCCCAGUUGUCUAGAGCAGACACUGUUGGUUUGAAAACAGAGAUUCAAGAUCCAUAUAAUGGGAGUGGAAAGGCAAAGCCAGUUCAAUCAAAUGUGUGUUGUGAAAGGAUGCUGAGAACCAAGCCUCUUGACAAGAAGGAGCAUAAUAGCUUCUGUAGACUGCUGAUCCAGAGAAACACCGAAGCCGUCCUUGUCACCUGCCCCAAACUUGCUACUUAUAAAAUGACAAGUGAAGAUAAAGAGUAUGGCAACAAAUGCCCUUUUAAUUUUAACUUAAGGCAGAGUAAUAUAUCUUAUUUUGAUCCAGAGUCUGGAGAUAAAUUUAAAUUGUCUGAUCAAUAUCAGAGAUGGAAAGGACAUAAUAAUAACAACAAAAAACGGCCUUUAGUAAUAUUUGGACAAUACAAAAAAGAAAUACAGACUCUUUAUCCAAAGCUACUUGAGAGUUCUAAUGAAAAAUACGCCACAUUCUUGGAAUCACAUCCCUUUAAGUAUAAAACCAUGAAAGCUGAGAAAGGCUCAAAAUCAUUCCUCUUCCCAGAAUUAUUCAAGAGCGAACAUCUAAAACCCAAAAUACGGAAAGAAAGAGACCAUCAUGGCAAACAAAAAAAGUCCCUCACCAAGAUAGGUAGGGGACUGCCAAACAUGAUGCCUGCCACAAGAGGUCUACGAAAAUCCAUUCCAAAAUCCAUGCUCCAGUGGACCGCAAGAAGAACAAUACAUGACUGUUCUGAUAGAUUUGAGGAACUACCUGAGAACGCAUUUCAGAAUUCUGAAAAAGCAAAAUCCAGAGCAAGACUAGUAGGAAAGAGCCUAGAGGAACAUCCGAAACACCCUGGAAGACCAUAUACCGCCCCGGAGAUGAUCAAACGCCGAGACAGCUAUUCUGGAAGACACACACAUUCUCGACUGAGUUCAACAAGCUCAUUCCAAAUGAGUGAUCUAGCCCAAGAUUAUGAAGCCCAUAAAAUGCAGCAGAGGAAAUUUCGAAGAGAAUGCUGAAAAGUAUUUGCUUUUCUGUGGUAUCAUCUA